CGGGGCCCGUAGGAGCCGCCCCUCGCGGUGCCUCCUGCACAGACCCUGCUGCUGCGGCGACCUGUUCCCGCGGCGCCAUGGCAGCGUCCGCCAGGUCCACGCGGUCCGUGCGUGACUCAGAUAAAGUACAGAAAGACAAGGCGCGACAAACCUCGGAGCCUAGACAGGGCAGCCGAAUGGGAAAACUCUUGGGGUUUGAGUGGACAGAUUUGUCCAGCUGGCGAAGGCUGGUGACCCUGCUGAAUAGACCAACGGAUCCUGCAAACCUGGCGGUCUUCCGUUUUCUCUUUGGGCUGUUGAUGGUGCUGGACAUUCCCCAGGAGCGAGGGCUCAGCUCUCUGGACCACAGAUACCUGGAUGGGCUGGAGGUGUGCCGCUUCCCCUUGCUGGAUGCCCUGCGCCCGCUGCCACUUGACUGGAUGUAUCUGGUCUACACCAUCAUGUUUCUGGGGGCACUGGGCAUGAUGCUGGGCCUGUGUUAUCGGCUAAGCUGUAUGUUGUUCCUGCUGCCGUACUGGUAUGUGUUUCUCCUGGACAAGACGUCGUGGAACAACCACUCCUAUCUGUAUGGCCUGUUGGCUUUUCAGCUGACAUUCAUGGAUGCCAACCGUUACUGGUCUGUGGAUGGUCUGCUGAGUGCCCGGAAGAGGAAUGCCCAGGUGCCCCUUUGGAACUAUGCAGUGCUGCGUGGCCAGAUCUUCAUUGUGUACUUCAUUGCGGGCGUGAAAAAGCUGGAUGCAGACUGGGUUGAAGGCUAUUCCAUGGACUCCCUAUCCCGGCACUGGCUCUUCAGUCCCUUCAAACUAGUGUUGUCCGAGGAGAUGACCAGCCUACUGGUGGUGCACUGGUGUGGGCUGCUGCUGGACCUCUCAGCCGGCUUCAUGCUCUUCUUUGAUGCCUCGAGACCCAUUGGCCUUCUCUUCGUGUCCUACUUCCACUGCAUGAAUUCCCAGCUCUUCAGCAUAGGUAUGUUCUCUUACGUCAUGCUGGCCAGCAGCCCUCUCUUCUGCUCCCCUGAGUGGCCGCGGAAGCUGGUAUCCCACUGUCCCAAAAGGCUGCGAGAACUGCUGCCCCUCCAGGCUGCCCCUCAGCCCAGCGCCUCCUGUGUGUAUAAGAGGGGCCGGGCCAAGGGUAGUCAGAAGCCAGGCCUGCGCCACCACCUCGGAGCUGCCUUCACCCUCCUGUACCUCCUGGAGCAGCUCUUCCUGCCCUAUUCCCAUUUCCUCACCCAGGGCUAUAACAACUGGACUAAUGGGCUUUACGGCUAUUCCUGGGACAUGAUGGUGCACUCCCGCUCUCACCAGCAUGUGAAGAUCACCUACCGUGAUGGCCGCACCGGCGAGUUGGGCUACCUUAACCCUGGGGUGUUCACACAGAGCCGGCGAUGGAAGGACCACGCAGACAUGCUGAAGCAGUAUGCCACUUGCCUGAGCCGCCUGCUUCCCAAGUACAAUGUCACUGAGCCCCAGAUCUACUUUGAUAUUUGGGUCUCCAUCAAUGACCGCUUCCAGCAGAGGAUUUUUGACCCUCGGGUGGACAUCGUGCAGGCCGCAUGGUCCCCCUUCCGGCGCACGCCCUGGGUGCAGCCGCUCUUGAUGGAUCUGUCUCCCUGGAGAGCCAAGUUUCAGGAGAUCAAGAGCAGCCUGGACAACCACACUGAGGUGGUCUUCAUUGCAGACUUCCCUGGGCUGCACCUGGAGAAUUUUGUGAGUGAAGAUCUGGGCAACACCAGCAUCCAGCUUCUGCAGGGGGAGGUGACCGUGGAGCUGGUGGCAGAACAGAAGAACCAGACGCUUCGGGAGGGAGAAAAAAUGCAGUUGCCACCUGGUGAGUACCACAAGGUGUACACAACGUCCCUCAGUCCUUCCUGCUACAUGUACAUCUACGUCAACACCACAGAGGUCACACUGGAGCAAGACCUGGCACAUCUGCAAGAACUGAAGGAAAAGGUGGAGAAUGGGAGCGAAACAGGGCCUCUACCUCCAGAGCUACAGCCUCUACUGGAGGGAGAUGUUAAAGGGGGCCCAGAGCCAACACCUCUGGUUCAGACCUUUCUUAGACGCCAGAAAAGGCUCCAGGAGAUCAAACGCCGGCGAAAUACCCCUUCCCACGAGCGAUUCUACCGCUUCCUGCUGCGAAAGCUGUACCUCUUCCGCCGUAGUUUCUUGAUGACCUGUAUCUCGCUGCGAAAUCUGGCCCUAGGCCGCCCUUCCCUGGAGCAGCUGGCCCAAGAGGUGACUUACGCAAACUUGCGGCCCUUUGAGCCAGCUGGAGAAUUGAGUCAUUCAGACGUGGAUUCUUCAAAUCCUAAUCUUCCUGAGUCAAAUUCUGACCCUGUUCAUUCAGAGCUCUGAGUGGGGGCAGUUCUUGGCUUGUAGGUACAGGGGCAGCCAAAGGACCAUUAUUUACGCAGUAGACGUUUAUAUGGGAAAAUUAUCUCAGUAUUAUUUACAUUUUUUUUUCUUGUCCACAGCUCUUUUUAAUUCAGAGAUGAUAACUUAGAGGAGCCAAGGAAGUAAAGGACAAGAUUUAUCAAUCCAAGGUUGAGGGGCCAGGAGGAGGUUAGAAACAAGGUCAAAAUGUCCUUAUAGGAUAAAGGGUAAGAGAUUUAAAAUGACUGGCCUGUGGUGGAAAGAAAUUUGAUGUAUCAACAUGACAAUAGCAGCUAACUACUCUCCAGCACCCUGGUGGUGUAGUGGUUAAGUGCCACGGCAGUUCAGAUCCACCAGGCACUCACUGAAAACUCUAUGGGGCAGUUCUACUCUGUCCUAUAGGGUCGCUGUAGGUUUUGUGCUAGGCACCGUGUGAAGCACUGCACCAACAUCGUCACAUGUCAUCCUUAAGAGCCAUUAGCCCCAUCUCACAGUUGGAGGAACUCAGGUUUUGAGGUAAUAGUUUGCCCCAAGACAUUCAGCUAGUAGGGUGGAUUGAUAGUUUGAACUCGUCUGUUUGACUUCAGUUCCUGUGCCCUGCCUCUUGUAAUUUCCAGAAUCAGUGAUAAGUUCUGAAAUAAUGCAGUUUAAAACUUGUCUUCUCAGUUACUAGUAUCAUUAGAAUGGUGAUCAGGUUCUAAAUAUACAGAGUAAUUUUAUCUUUACUACGAUCUCGUUCCUUGUUUCUGUUAUCUACACAGCCAAUAAGUUUUUUACGAGCUGUGAGAAUACAGGUAUGCGUCGUUUAACAUCCUCUAUACGUUCUGUGAUUUGGAUCUUGUGCCAAUACCAUAGUAGCAAGGCCUGCAGGAUGGUCACUGGUCAGGCCUGGGACCUGAGCUGCCACCAUGCCAAGGGACUUCACAAACUGUGGCUCCACCACCGCAGGUCCUGUGUGGUCGCCACCCGCUCUCCAGGGCCACACUUGGGAACUGACCAAGCGCUGGGGUACAUGUGGGCUCCAUCAUGCUGCUGCUGCUGCUUUUCCCUUCCUUCCACCCUGCCUGCCUUUCCACUCUCCCCUAACGGGCUUUAAACUCUUCCAGGCCCACCUACCCCGGUUGGAGUGGGACAGCUGCCUCAGUGGGCAUUCCCCUAGGGGGUUGCAGCAGCAUCCUGAGUUUCUGCCUGAGGCAAGUAUUGGGAGCAUGAUGGGACAGGCAACUAUACUGAUGGUUGUCGGGGACCCCCUCCAACCCAGGGCUAGGGCUGAUGAGGGACCAGAGAGCUAGUGAGACAGAUCCGAUCUCCCUACUUAGCAAAGUAUUUCCACUGCAUCCUGUUCUCUGGAUCCGGAUUAACUUGUGGGGCCACUGAUGUGUAUGGGUUAGACGUUGCCCCAGUGGUCGUUAAAUCACACAUACCUGUGGUCAGCAGUGCAUCACCAAAGUUACAUAAGGAAAAUUAGAUUGGUAGUAUUUCUCUAAAAACAUAGUAUUAGGCAUUAUUCUAGUCUUUAGUGAGCAGUUGACAUAAAGCAAGAACCAACCACGUGAGGGACUAGGGGGUGUUGGCAGUCACUGUAGAUGUGGUGUGGAGGGAUCAUUCAGGAAGCUCUUCAGUCAGUGAAAACUUACCAAAGGUGUGGCACUGGGCUAGGAAGCAGAAAUGCAGAGUAACAAAAAAUAAGAGGGUCCCUGCUAGAUGUGGCAGUCUACUUCCAUAAAGAUUAUAGCCUUGAAACUCUAUGGGGCAGUUCUGGUCUGUCCUUUAGGGUCAUUAUGAGUUGGAAUUGACUCAUUUUGGCAAUGGGUUUGGUUUUUGCUCCUGGAGCUUAAGAUUUCACGGCAGAGACUGGCAGUAACAUGAGGACAGUGCUUCGGUAAAGAAUUCACAGGAUUUGAUAAAUUCUAGGGAUCUUCUCCUCUGAUGCCAACUUCGCCCCCCAACCCCAUGAACAGUGGUCCCAGAGUUCUUCCCUAAGCAGCUGCCUUUUCACAGUGAAAUAAUUAUGUCCACUCAGUGGUUUCCAGUAAUACUUAGAUUGCGUUGGUGAGCCCUAGGUUUCUCCAGUCAUCAGCCUUGGACUCUUGCCUUUUCCUCAAUUUCUCUUGAAACCUAUUAAUCCCCACUACCUCUUGCAUAUGAAGCCCUGGUGGCACAGUGGUUAACAGCUGGGCUGCUGGGCAAAAGGUUGGCAGUUCAAAUCCACCAGCUGCUCCUUUGGAACCCUAUGGGGCCGUUCUACUCUGUCCCAUAGGGUCACUAUGAGUAGCGAUCAACUUGACAGCACUGGGUUUGGUUUAAUUUUCACAUCUGAAUCUCGUUGGGAAUAGGACAGGGCCACCAUGUAAGCUGUGCAGGCUGAGCCUGGAAAAACAAAGAAACCCAAAUGAAGAGGAUCAAGGGCAGCCUGAUGUAAAGUUCUAAUCAUAAGGUAGGGGAUGGGCUAAGAACUGCAGUGGCACAGGAUGCCCUAGUCACUUUAGCACUAUGCUCUUUACCGGUGAGGUCAGCCAUCUCGUUCCCCGCCAGAGUCCCGUUAGACUUACUUGGACCACAAAGUAGCUGUUUUUCACUUUUAGGGAGGUGGGACUCUUUACAUUGGGGAAAACAGUAAGGUGGUCACUUAAAAACUAGUGGUAUUCAGACUGCAGAAGACUCAAGACUCCACAACUGCAGCUCUUCUAGGGAUGCGCUGUCAACGUUCUUUUAGCCGGAAGGCAUCUCAUCUUACCUCUAGUACCUGAAUCUUCUGUCACUCCCUAGGUGAGACACAAUGUUUGUUCAACCGGAUACUCACACUUCAUGCCUUCUCAGCUGUGAUCAUCCUUAACACCUGCUGUUUCAUGCCUCCACUCCUUUGCUUUGCUUCUCCCACACCUACUCACCUACCUUAAAUUCCUUCCUCAUAUUGGGCCAACGUAGCUACUUGCCUUUAGACAGCCACUAAUCGGGUAUCUAAAAAGCUUUUUGAAAAUGCCAAGCUCUGAAACUUUACUUCAAUGACAUGUCAAGUUGAGGGUCUAGUUUCUGAAACUGGGAGUGUCACUGAUGCCUGGAGUGGCACUUCCCCAACAGCAAACCAAAAGUCACCCACCCACUUCCGUCGAGUCAAUUCUGACUCAUAGCAACUCUUUAGGACAGAGUAGAACUGCCCCAUAGUUUCCAAAGAGCACCUGGCGGUGGAUUCAAACUGCCAACCUUUUGGUUAGCAGCCAUAGCACUUAACCACUACGUCACCAGGGUUUCCAAACCGGAAGUAGAUGCAUAAAAUGCUGGUGGAAACUCUCAUCAAGUGGUUUCUGUCUAGGCCUACCCAGUGUGGUAGAUGGACCUCUUCCACAAACUGCCAGAGUGAACUUUAGAGUAAACCUUUGGAACCUCAAGGCUUUUCACUGUGAUUUUGUCACUUAAAAAAAAUUUUAUUAUUGUGCCCAAAAACCUAUCCCUGUAUUAGAGAACUUCUAAAACUGUAAUACCUCACCCACAAGUGACCUGAACUACAACCUGACUGAAAACCUUAUUUCUACUAUACCCCUUCCAACAUUAAAACUAGCUUGGUUUAAGUUCUAAAUUUCCAAGGCUAUGUAACACUACCACUCACUCCAGACUUAGGGUAUAAGACAUUGCUGCAAUAGGAAGACACCUGAAUUUUAGCCAGUCCAUCAACCUGAAAACAAUGUUAGACAAGGGCAAAUCUUAAAAAAAAAAAAAUAA